AUGUAUAUUUUUAACCAGUCAACUCGCUAUGUUACUGGUGUGGUCUACGUAGAUCGGUUACCUGUCCUGCUCUUAUCACUUGUCGAUUGCACUACAAAACUUCUUGGAGUUCCAAAGUUAGCAUCUGGACUAGGACGAGUAAGACAUUCACGAGAUGACUAUUUAGAGUUUCUACUUCUUGCUGCACAAAUAGUUGGGCUGCAGGUUGAUGUAGCCAUUCGCAAACCUGGUUCACUGCACAGGGAACGAUGGAUGUCAUUGUUUUCAUGGAGGCUCACUGCUGAUGCACCUGUGAAUGAUAUUUUGUUGAUACAGCGUUUGCAUGACUACGACGAUGCAGUUCUUGGUUCGACUGGAUUAAAAAUGAUGCUGCAUCAUUCUUGGUACAUGAGUCCAGAAUCGGCAACUCUUGCUCUUUUUUCAUCUCUCCUGUCUGACAAAGAAAAGACCGAUCUUGUCCACACAAUACAAGCAGAUUGA